UUCAGUUUUCUAUUUCUGAAUUACCCAUCACGAAAAGAUGAGAUGAACACCCAAUUUAUUCUUAGGAGACGACUAAUACUUUAUUUCCUAUACAUACAUGUAUUUAUAUAUAUGUACGCACACAAACUCACGUAUAUAUAUAUAUAAACCCUGCUGGGUAUUAGCUCUAAUAACUCCCCACACCGGCUCUUACCCAUUUGCUUUAUAUAUACACACACACACGUCUCUACCCACUUCUUCUUUUCUUCAUCGAAGCACUAGUUUUCAUGGCGAUUUCUUCUGGCAUUUCUCUCCUCUUUCUUGUAUUCUCUUUAGGUGCUACUAUUUCAACUUCAGCAACCGUCUUCACCGUCGAAAACCGUUGUUCCCACACAGUAUGGCCUGGUAUUGUCUCAGGCAACGCUGCCCCUCUCGGUGACGGCGGCUUCAUUCUGCAGCCUGGCGCAUCCGUCAGUUUCCCAGCCCCGCCUGGAUGGUCGGGCCGCUUCUGGGGUCGAACAGGCUGCAAUUUCGACGAGUCGGGUACCGGAAAGUGCGUGACCGGAGACUGCGGCGGAGUGUUGAAGUGCGCCGGCGGCGGCAUUCCGCCUGUCACUCUCGUGGAAUUCACAAUAGCAUCUCAGAGCACGGAGAAGGACUUCUACGACGUGAGCUUAGUAGACGGAUACAAUGUGGGGAUGGCAGUGAAGGCCGUGGGCGGGUCGGGUGAUUGUCAGUUCGCGGGUUGCGUGUCGGAUGUGACUGGUAAUUGCCCGGCGGAGCUUCGGGUCGUGGAUUCGGGUACGGUGGUGGCGUGCAAAAGCGCCUGCGCGGCUUUUAACACGGCCGAGUAUUGUUGCACGGGAGCGCACGCUACUCCUCAGACGUGCCCUCCGACUAAGUACUCGGCGAUGUUCAAGAAUGCGUGCCCCACAGCCUACAGCUAUGCUUACGAUGAUGCCACUAGUACUUGCACUUGCUCCGGGUCGGAUUACUUGAUUACAUUUUGCCCCACGGCCUCAUGAUUUAAUUCAGGAAUAAUUAUUUACGUGUUUUUUUUGUUAAUUAUUUAUGACGUCAUAUUUUCGUAUUAUUAUUAUUAUUAUUAUUAUUAUUACGGAUAGAGGGCCUGUUUAGAAUUGGCUUAUGUUUCCGUGCGGGUAAUAUUUUAAUAUUUGUGAGUUGUGGUUCCUGAGAUUUGGAGACACUAAACCAUAAUAAAACUAUCGAUUAUUGUUAUGUUUA